GACCGUGGAGAAGGCAGGCGGCGGCGCUAGGACCCUGGGGACGCGACUGCAGUGAGGAGUGGUGGAAAUGUGCGCAGCAGGCAUCGAUAUGGAGCGAAAGUAAACUCAUUGCUGGCUUCACAUGUUAUUGUAUGCGUUUAAAACAAAACAUCGUCCAGCGCAGCUCCAGCCCGGUGCUUCCGCACCGUCGGGACCCGCACUUUCAGAAGCCUGGAGCUCCGGCUUCGGAUCGGAUCGGAUCUGGAUCUGGCUCUGGAUCCGGACCUUUGAACGGGGACAGCGGCAGCAGGAGCUCCAGCUUGAAUCCAGGAUGUGAGCGUUGCUGGCUGGUCAGCAUUUACUGUCCAUCUCAAAUGCUCUUGUGAAGAUUGGAGCAGUGAGAGAGUGCAACUACUUUCUAAUAUCGGUCUGCACCUGACAUGCUGGCCACAGCCUCGCUGUACAACAGUGUUCACGAGUGGACAAACUCUGACCGAAUCUGGAUGUGUGGCAUUAAGGAAGAUAGGAGAUCUUCACUCACAGAUGCAGAAUCCAGGAAAAGUGUUCCACAGCCAGUAGGGACGGAUGGUACUUGUAUUAGCAGCCACACUGAAGUGGCGACUGAACGAAUGAGCAAUGGUGCCCAUCAAGUCGAGUGGGAUGAAAGUAUUUUAUUGCAGGAGGAACUUCAAAAUUUCAAGGAUAAUGAGCCUGAAAAAUCUGUUCGCGAAGAAGAGGAGGUCACCUUCAUGACCACUUCAGACACACAGUUAAAGACUGACAAAGUUACAGAUGUGGAAAGUAACUUGCUGCAUGGGGAAAUGCCAGAAAGUGGAGAUAACAAAAUGAAAAAUUUGGAGAGUACGGGCAUGUCUCGUAAAGCACAACAAACUCUGUCAAAAUCUACUUGCACUCAGGAAAACACUGGGGAACUAGAAAAGACUAUGAAGCAAAAAGUGAUUCCUGGGACUGAAGCUAAGUAUCAAGGACUCCCCUGGAAUGAUCCACAAAUAGACAGUGCUAAAUCAGGGAAUUGCCACCCUUUUGAUGCACCAAACUCAUUGAACUUGUACAAACCUGGUUUAACAUCAUCCCAGAAUUUACACACUGUUACUCAACCAUUUUUUUCACCCAUGUUUAACCAGGGUCCCCAUUUGAUGUACUUACCACCAAACUUGAUCCAUCCCCAUGUUGCACCAUCUCUACCAACAACUUUAGGGGUUACAGUACAGACAAUACCGUCAUUUUUACAAAGUAAAGGAGGCAGCACUAACCUAACACCUGAUCUGCAUUCAUACUCUCAUCCAGUGAUGGUCAGCAAAUCUUUGACUUCAGAAUCCAAGAUCAAACAUACCACUGACUACUCUCAGCCCCUGUUUACAAAAAGUAAAACUGAAUCAGAAUCAUCACCACAACAGAUUUUAGCCUCUGCUUCCCAUGCUUCACUACCAACUUCCCGCAUUUAUUUCAGCCCAGGCAGUGAAUUAUCUUUGGGACGAAAGAGCCCAAAUUGCCAAUUACCUAAACUUCCUGAGUGCAGUUCUACUCAUCAGCGUUCAGUUGGGCCUUCAGAAAAUUCACACCCUCCAUUCAUAGUAUUUAGAUCUCCACCUCAACUUGAGAAGCAGAUAUAUCCAGAGGGAUCCCAUGACUUGCCACUAGAUUUGUCAGCAAAAUCAAGCUGUCAUGGUGUAGGGGUGAAACAGAAUUCUUUCCCUGAACUACGAAAAACACCACCUAUGCCAGUAUUGACGCCUGUUAAAGGAGAUAGAUCAUUCUCUCUGCUGCACUCUAAAAAUGAUGGCAUCUCAUCACAAAUUCCUCAAAGUAUCUAUAGUGCCAGCAGUAUUAAAGGAAACUUUGGUUUAACAUCACCUGUUGUGGUUUUUCCAGAUACUAUAAGAAAUGGCGCUACUCUUCAAAAGAAUUCAAUUGAUCCUUUAACUUUACAGCCAUCGAACCCAGCUUGGUCCUGGAUAAAAGGUUCCAGUAAAUUGGUAAACCAUAAUCCACGGACUUUCGUUGGUGUAGCCAGUGCUAUUCCAGCAUCUAUGUUACAGAUUGGUAAUGAAGAAUCUAAGAAUGCUGCUAAGCAAGAGCCAAUUUCAGUUGUUUACCAGGGAGAUUGCCAGUUAUCACUUUCAAAUGGUAACAAAAGUGGGGAGGCCAGAAAAGGCACAUGUGAAGGUCAAGGUGUAAAAAAACCUAAUAGUCAAUCGCAUAGCUGUUUUGUAUCCACCCCCGGUGAAGUUGCAUCAUUUCAUUCAAAUGCAUACCCCCCAUUCGUCAUUAACCAUCUUUAUCUGGCAAAAGAUAAAACUCCAUUUCAUCAUUCAUCAUUAUUAACAAAUGGCAGUUGUUCAGCACAACAGCUACCACCAGCUCAAGGAAUUCCUUAUGGGUUAGCAUCUUCCAGAGGUGAAUAUACUUUAUUUCAAAGCCCACGUCAUCUGGGGGCUGUUUGGACACCUCAGAAUUGUGGAGAUAAAACAAAAGAAGACAAGCUACAAAUAGUGGCAUCGCCAUUGUCCAACUUGGAGACUAUUGUUCAUAAUCGGGCUUUGGAACUAUUUGCAAUUGAAAAUAAAAAAGACAAUCCUAAAUCAUUCACUCCAAAUGCAGUAAAUAAGGAAGGUAUUUCUCAAGAUUUGAACCAAUCAGCCUCCAGUAGUGCAGUUGACUUGAGCCAUUUACCUUCUGAAAGCAGAAAUGGUCAGAAAGAUCAACAAAAUAUGAUUUCUACAAUCAAGAAAGACAAUGUGGAUAAAACCAAUAAUGGAAUUGCAAGUGAAAAUUCUAAUAAUUCAACGGGUGAUAUGGAAGAAGAUGGAAAAAUUCAAAAUAAGGAGCAAAAAGGACAAAGAAUAAUUACUUCUUUGCCAUUGAGCAACCAGCCUUUAAUUAAUCAUAGCCAUAGUAUUAAAUAUCUUCCUAUUGUAGAAAGUGACAAGAGGGUAGAACUAGCGACCACACAGAAGUUGGCAUGUGGAAAUACAACAUCCUCAGAAUUAUCUACAGAUGCAGAUGAAUCAAUGACUAAAGCUAUAUGUAAUGAGAAAGAGCAUUGUGGACCAGUGAAAUGUACUGUUACCAAAGAAAAGAAGGAUGGUUCAGUGAAGAAUCUAGUUUCUAAAUGUAAAGGACCUAAUUCAGUUAGACGCAGUACAAAUCCAUCUAGCUAUAUUGGAAAGAAGUUCAAAUGCACUAAGAAGGAAGAUAUUGUAAGUUGCAAAAGAUUAAAUCGGGAACAGCAGACCAUUCAGGGAUCCAAAAGACGGUCAAGCAGUCUCGAAGUGAGUCAUAGAGAUAGCGAAGAUGAUGUCUGUUUAUCCAAAGGACUCGAUGGAGAAAGAAAAAGCAAACGGCUGAGAACACCAAAGACUGAAUGCUCGUCUAGAACAGCAAUACAAGAAAAAGAUCUUUCAUUAAGAAAAGGCAAAAAUAGUUUUAAGGACUUCAUUCCAGUGGUGUUGAAAACUAGGACUCGUAGUCAGUCAGAAAGUUUCUGUGUCUCAUCAGUACAUGUGACCUGUGACCAGACGGACAGCACAUUGGAAGAAAGUCAGCUUAUGCAUGAGGAAGUGGAUGAUGAUGUAAAAGCAAAGAAGAGUUCAAGAAGUUGGGAGCAGUCUACAACGGAGAAUAAAGGGACCAAAGAAGAGAAUGAGGUGGGAAGGACCGGCAGCUCAAUAACUGAAGUGGGUGAACAGAAUAGUUUGGAAUCACCUGACUCGAGUUGUAUAACAGAGAUUGAUGGGAAUUGUAAAAAUAGUAAUAAAAGGAACCCUGCCAUCAAAACACAAAUAAGAACCAGUAGGAAGAAAUUCAAAAAUGAGAAGGAUUCUGAAGUACUUUUAUACAAAGGGGAGGAAAAUCAAGAUAGCACAGGAAUAAAGACUCGGAAAGCUGUUACUACAGGAACAUGGACACCUCCUACUUCACCGCGAAAGAGGCUUGCUCCUUCAGGCAAUUUGCCCAGUACUGAUUGGAAUCUGUGUGUCAGACACAGUACUCCUGUGUCAGGAGGUUUACGAAAACGUAAAGAGUCUUGUAGCACAGGGUCUCUCAACUUGAGUCACAUACCUGAAUCUCCAAGCCAGUUUCAGUCAGAAAAACCAUCAGGAAAACGUAAAUGUAAAACAAAGCAUAUCAGCGGACCCCAAUCCCCAGAAGAAGGUGCAAGCAACCAAGGAAGACACAAGAUAAAAGUAAGGCAGAAACGUUCUGUAAAACGCUCAGCAUUAGUGCUCGAUUCUGAUUGGAGCCCAUCACCAAAGAAACAAUGUGAUCAUUCAGCCCACUGGAAAAAACGGACGUCCUCCACUACUCCUGUAAAAUAUGCAACAGUGCCACGGUCACCAUGUGUUCAAGCAGAGACAUCCACGGGCCAGCAGUCGCAAUCUGAAACACGAAAAUUAAUAGUAAAUAAGAAUGCUGGUGAAACACUGCUACAGAAAGCAGCACGAUUAGGCUAUGAGGAUGUAGUUAUCUACUGUUUGGAGAACGCCAUUUGUGAUGUCAAUCACCGGGAUAAUGCUGGGUAUACAGCAUUGCAUGAAUCUUGUGCACGUGGCUGGCUUGAUAUCGUCACACGACUCCUGGAGCAUGGAGGAGAUGUAAAUUGUAGUGCACAGGAUGGCACAAGACCUAUUCAUGAUGCUGUCGUGAAUGAUAACCUGGAUGUUGUCCAUGUUCUUCUGUCAUAUGGUGCAGAUCCCACCCUUGCUACCUAUUCAGGUCAGACAGUUCUGAAGAUGGCUCAUAGUGAGCCAAUGAAACAGUUUCUUUUAGAAUAUUUUACUGACCUGAGGGGCCGGAGUGAGGAUGAUCCAGCCCUUCACUGGGAAUUUUAUGGAAGCUCCGCAUGUGAACAGGACAUGGAAACUUCUUGUAACAUUUUGGCAAACCCUCCUGGCCUAGAUGAAGAGGAAGAUGAAGAUACCAAUUAUUUUGCAUUUGAGUUUUCAGACAAACCUCUUCUUACAUGUUACAAUAUACAAGCUUGCCUUUCUCAUGGCCCUUGCAAUUGGCUAGUGUUAGCCGAAGUUCUUCGAAGACUGAAAAUGUCAGUCAGGAUUUUCCAAUCUCGCUUUCCUCACUUUGAAAUAGCUACCAUUACAGAGGUAGAAUUUUACAAACAGGUGUCCACAAGCCAGGUACAUUUCCAACUUGGGAACCUUCAGUUCUGCUCCCUUGAUGGCAGGAUGUCUCUGGAACUGGUACGGUGUGUGCCUGAGUUAUUGGACCUCCUUGGUUCUACGGUGGAACUAUUAACUGAAGACUGUGAGAAAGUUAUUACAUUCAUGAGGUGAACCAAAAUCAUGACUGAUCGACAAACUAUUCCCAUUUUGAAUAAUAAGGAAUGAGUUGAAUGGGUACUAGCAGGGGUGUACAGUAAGGCAGCCAGUACUUCUGUUGUUUCAAAUCAGGCAUGGACCAGCCACCCAAACAGAACAGAAAAAAAGGUCAUUUCUGACCUUUUAGUGCAACAGAAUAAGGAUUGCUGGGACGUUUAAAGGAAGUGUUAAAAAUACUUUAACUAGGUUCAUUAAAAUAUUUUCUACCCAAUUAAUUAUGUUGAGUGCACCUAAGUUUGUGAUCCACUAACCAUGAGAAACAAUUAGUACUGGAUUAACCGAUUUCUUGUGAAAUAAUCAAUAUUUAUUCCUGUUCCCAAGUUUUGGUUAUCAUUUAUCCUUUAUUUACUUUUAGAUAAAGUAUAUAACUUCCUGUCUACCCAAUUCACUCACUAUCUUACACAACACUAGUUUCCGUUGAGAGCACAGGCUGGUGGUCUAUUCACGGGCAUUUAAUUUUCAGACAGCUGCAAAGAGAUAGCAAAAAAAUCUAAUGAAGAAGUGUAUUUCUGAUUUCUGCUCCCACUCUUCUUCUUGGACUCUUCAAAUAGAUGCCUUGAUUAAAUGAUAGCUCUGCAUAUUAAUGAAUCUGAAAUCAGGCAUUCGGCGGAGUAUAGAUUAAACUUGUGUCCAAACUUUAUAACACGAUGCGCUCUUCUGUGUUAAAAGAAACACAGUUGUGCAUGUCUACCUUUUUUAAAAAAAUAAUUUGUAUCUGACUUGCAUACUAAGAGAACAAAAUGGUAUUGAUUUUCAUUAAGUAUGAAUUCGGUAACAUUUUUCAAGAUCAAAAAACAGGAAUUCACCAGAAUUAAAUCACCAGUGCCUGAAAGAUCUGAGACAUAAAUAUCUAAAUGGAAACGCUUCAGUGUGUUACCUGCACACACGUUCAUUCCUAAGUUUGGCAUUUCACACUGACAGAGGAUAUUUUAGUAAACUUGUUCACAAAGUAAGCAGUUUAUCUCAAGCGAUAUCUAGAAAUUGGAUCCAGAAUGUGUAUCCUAUAAAUAGGAAUUCCAACUUUUCUGUCAUAUUUGUAAGUUUUGUUGGUGCUUAUAUUUUCAUGAUCAAAAUUUAUUUUCCAGUUUAAAACCAAUCAAAUUAGGUUGGUAAAUGAAAAUUGAAUACUGGUAUGCAUGAUGUUAAUUGAAGUAAAAGCCAACUGGAGGUUUUGUUGGAUACAGAUAAAUUUGAGCCCACAUUACACAUUUAUACUACUCUCUGUGAUGAUGCACUUUACUUUGAAUGCUUGUUGAGUUGCACUUAUCACUGACUUGCUGUUCUGCUGGAGUAACAUAAAUUUAAUUCAAAGCCACAACAAGAUAGGGGACCUAAUGACAUGUGCAAGACAUGAAAGCACUUACAUUAAGUAAAGUAAUACAGACAAGAAAUGUGUGCAGUUCAGAUUCUAAACUACUAAUAUUGAUCUUCACUCCUUCAGGUCUAUUGAAAAGACAACCUAGAGUGACAUACAUUCAAUUUUUGCCACAUAAAUUGGGAUUUUGAGCCAGAAUCUAAAAGCUUUAUUUUGAACCUGCCCAUCAACCAAACCUUAAUUUAAAUUGUGCAUCAGAAAAGAAUAAUCUGAAUCCAGAGGGAGUCAUUUCAGGUACUCCUGCUGUUUUCACGUUAAUAUGAAGCAGUUGGGAUGUGCAAAUCUUCAGAAAUGGCAUUUUAACUCAGGAGUCAGAUGGUUGAAAUGAGGUCCCCUAACAGCCUGGGCUUCAUGUCAAAUGUUGGGUAACUCCAACUCGGAGUAAAAUCAGAUUUAAAGAAUUAUCUCUCUAACCACUGGAUUCUUCUGACUGUAUGCUCCUAAAAUUUAAUUUAAAUGAGCAUGGCUUUGUUCACUCAUGCUGGAUAUGAAGUGUUCCUUUACUAUGGCAUAUUGCGUUCAAUAGGUGUAAUGAGAAUGUAAAUAUUGGGCAUUCAUUUUGCCAAUUUAAAUACUGAAAAGUUCCAUUUGCAGUUAUGCACCAUUAUUACCUCAACUCUGUUACAUGUUUGACAAUGGUGCAGCACAUUUCUUGGAAAAAUAUAUCAACUGUGUAGCAUAUUGCAUGAUUUUGCAGUUCGCUGUCAGUAGCAAACUUAGCUAAAAGUAUAUAGCCGAGCACUGCUGCUCAGUACAGUUUUUUUUAAGAUUCUGUGCCAGUGAAGAUACACCAUGCAGAUGCAGAACAUGUUCUGAGAUGCAACACUCCCUCAAUAGAUAUAUGAUCAAGCAAUAUAAGUCUUUGCCUUCUUAUAUCAUUGUACAGUAUAAUCUCAUUUAAUCUCAUCCUUUUGUAGAAGCCGAAUUGCUUGUAAUAUACUGUUUAUACUAAUCCUGAAGGUAGUGUUGUGGUCAAAUUAAUAUUAUGCAAAAACCCAAUCCAACUUGCAGUCAUUUUCCACUGCCUGAAACUUGAAUGAAAGUACCAUGAGUGUUUCUGAUCCGUUGUGGGUCAAAACAUGUGUGAAGUUUUUCCUUUAACACUAUUCUGCUGAAUUGCUCAGUCACAAAUGGACAGCUUCCGUACUAAGGACAGCACUCUCCCAAAAUCCCCCAGUGUUAAUGAUGUGAUCACAUGUCACUAACUUUUGCAUCUCAGAACAUGUGCCCUAUCAGACAUUGGCAUGUGGCAAAUACUAAGAGAAUGAAGAUCUCCAUGAAACAUGAUGAGGCCUCCAUUGUACUUGCAAGAGUACACCUUUCCAACCCCAGCUCUCUUAGUACCAUCCAUGAAUUAGAAGAGCAAGUACCAUAUUCACAACCAGGGACAGGUCACCACAUCUGCCACCAUACUUGUUCCUCACAUGUCCACCACAGUACAAUAUUGGCCAAGAAAUCCCAGUUGUUCCUCUUCCUACACCACCUUUGGAAUAUUCAGCACUUAAAACGAUUUACCAAAUGAGUGUCGUUGACAUUCCAUUUGCCAAAGAUCUCUUGCCCCAACUGUGUAGAAUUGAUGCAUGAGCAAAUCUUUCUUGUCUUAAUGAAGAACACUAGAUCCAUAAAAUUUCCUCACCAGGUAUUUUGAACAUCCAUUGGCUUCAUGUUCCUAAUCUAUAUUUGAGCAGUAACGGAAGAAAACUGCUUCCCCCUGAAGGAUUAUUCUGGUCUCUCUCAAACUGCCACUCCUGUCUACCCAAAAUAAACAAUGCUUUGGCCAACAACCUACUUUCCUGCCUCUCUGCUUUCUAUUCUAUUUUUUCUGUCUCCGUAACAACUAUCUGUUCACUUCCUCACCUCCUCACUCCUGUUUCUUCUACACUUCCUCUGCAUUUUAUUUGUGUAACCCACACUUCUCCCCCAACCCUGUCUGCCAACCUACCCCUCACCACCUUCCCUAUUUUGGCUUCGGUUAUUUCUUUGUCUUUAUUAUGAACCCUUUAAUCCUCAGGGGAAGGCAGUUGACUAAUGAGAGAACUCCAGUAGGAGGGAGGAAGAUGGUGGAGUAUCCAUUGUCUACCCAAUGCCAUGGAAUUCUGUGAACAGCAUGAAAAUGGAAGGGGGCUUUCCUGCCCAAAGACCAAUUAAGGGAGUUUUACCACUGCCACCGGUGUUUUACUAAACAAACUCCCUGGGCUCAGAAAUGUGGACCUUCCUGAUCAGAGACUGUAGCUCAAAAAGGGGUCUUCAGCAGUCAUCACCACCCCCAGUGAUGCUACUGGGACUAAAUAGCUUCUGACCAUCUGAUGGGAGCCCCAGCAGCAGCUCAUUUGCUGCCUGAUUCAUAGAAUCUGGUCCCACUCUAAAACCAUCACUGCCAAACAAAUUUCAGCCUUUUGAAUACCCUGCUAUUUCCUAACUCUGCUGCGGGCAAGGUAUAUAGAAAUGUUCCCAGUGCGAAGUACUGAACACAUUCAUUUCUUCCUGUAGGUGGUGCUAUAAUAUUUACAAUGUAUGAUUCAUUAUGUACAGUGGUCCUCAACACUUCAUUAGCAAUGAACUAUUUCUUUUCUUUGCCUGAAACUUAAAUGAAAAUAAUUUGAGUGUUUAAUUCUACAAAUCAGUGGUGCCAUUUACCCAUUUGAUGCUAAAUCCUACCUUCAAUCAGAGCUGGAUUUGAUAUGAGUAUUUUGUUACAAAUGAUAGUUUAUUUAAGAGAAGUUAAAGCAAAUACUUGUGCUUUUAUUUUGAGAACUAUGAAACUAAGUUGAUGCAUGAGCUUUUGAAUAUACAUAAGCACAAAAAAGCACAUUGCUCAUUUUGACCGAAUCACUAAGCGAAGGAAGAAAAUCCUGUUGUUGGAGAAAAAAAGUAGGUUAGUCUUUAAUACACAGUUUUCUUGUAAAUUACAUGAUGUGAAGAAUGCCUCUGCUUGGUUUUAUUUAGCUGAGAAUAUUUUUACUGUUUGGUGUUGGGGUUCAGUUUCAGUAAUUUUGAAUGGUUCACUGUUUUCUACUAUACAGUCAGAAAGUCAAAAAGUAUAAGAUUAGCACACAAUGUUCAACCCCAGCUCCAACAGCCAGAAAAAUUGACCUGGGGUAAGCACCAACACUAAGUAGUCUUUAAGUAUUGCCCACCUUGUUAAGUUUCAACCAACAGUGGAAAUAAUUUAAACAAAAGCCUGGCUCAUUAGCAAUAAUUUUGCUUUAAACUUGGAAUAUAUGUCAAUUCUUAGAUUUGACCACAUAAUCUAAACUUGAACUGUGCAGUACCAAGGAAGUGUUGCUUUGCUAUAAUUGAUGCAUUUCAACUCUAUUAAACUGGGCUGCAUUUGCCUUUUGAGGUUAUAGGGCACAUCAUCAAACUAUUUGGCAAAGAGUAGGUGUCUUGGCAAUAUUGAUUUUAAAUGUUUGGUCAGGUUUUUUUUAACUUAAUUCGAAGUAAAAUAAGUGACAAACAACUUUCAGUGCAAAAUCUAAACAGUACAUUCAUGUCAGAAAUGUAGUUUUAAUCAGCGAAGAAACAUAUCGUAUUGUCAGUAAGUAAUAAAUGUAAAUACCUUUAUGGAGUAGUUUGAAAAGGGUUUGAGAUAUACUAAUAGCUGCUACUUAGCACAUCUUCUCCAGUCCAUACUCUGCUACUAAUGCAUUUAAUUUGACCAUCUACACAUAAUGCAGAAAACUGAAAGUACUCAGUGUGUUCUCACACCAAACCAGAAAAGGGAUUGUAUGCGGCACACCAAGACUGCUGUGUGAUAAAAUCACAUUUCUAGACUUCAUUGGGUUUAGCCCUAAAUUUGCAAUUCAUUUAUCAAUGCAGCUUUUCAGAAUUAAAUUAGUUCACUGAAAUCAGCAGGCUUUUGUAAAUUGUUAAAUAAAUAAAAUGAUAAGUAAUAAACUUAACUAAGUUAGAAAGCAAUUACAUUAGACAAUACAAUAGAGCAACCACAAUGGUGCCUUUCUCAAUCUAAUACAAACUGUUAAUAAAAUCACAGUUAUUAAAUAAAAGUGUUUUGAGGGUCAAUCUGCCUGCCAAUCAGCAUCUAAAAGAGAUAAUACUAGGUUAAUAUUUCAGGGAUGAAGGAUCACAUCUAAUUUUUUUAUAACAGGUCCUUUCUCUGCUUUUGAUCAAGUUGCAGAAUUCCAGCAUUUUCUGUGUUUGUUCAGCUUUAGCAAAAUUCUUUUUAUUUCUACUGUAAGCAAUCAGUUUGAAGAUUUUAAAAUUAAGGGGAUUACUACUCUCUACGACUUGUGUUGAUAUAAAUGAAUUCUAAAUUUACCCAUUGAUACAGUUUUUUUGUAAUUUGACCAAGCGUUUGUUGUCACCUGGGUGUUCAAAGUCUGCUGUAAUCUCAGUUUAUGUCCCAGCAUUCCUUCAAAGUAAUGGCAUUUCUAUUCAAUAAAACAAUUAACUCAACCAUGUGGAGAUCAAAUUCUGCUAGUUAACUGGACAUGUUUUUAUUGUAAAAUCUCCAGUGAGGUAGCUGAAUUUUGGUGCUGCAACUCUGCAAAGCAUCUGUUGCAAUGUAUAGAUAGAAGUAUUUACCUGUUGGAAACUGCUGCAGUUAUCUAAAAUAAACUUCUGACAAACCAGAUAAGGUUACACCUUCAUGUACAAAUCCUUCUUGAAAGUUUAUAAGACUGUUCUAUGUAUAUUUGUACAGUGUUUGAUAUUGCUAAAAUGGAGUUGGAACCCUGUUGGUUAACUCUUAGUUUAUAUAAAGACGUCUACAUUGUUUUGCUGGAAAGUAAACCAGCAUUGAUGGGUUUUUUGAAUUCUUCAUGUUUAUACAUUUGUUGUUUAUAUACACCAGAGUUUUUUUUUCUGUUGAAAAAGUAAAUUAUUUAGUUGAUGGCAUAUUUUCAUUUUGAAGAUUUAACAAAUGUAUUGUGUUGGUAAUAUAAACAAUGAGGAACUUAGGUGAAAGUCUGUAGAUUGGACUCUUCAGAUUUAUUUGUAAGGAGCAGAUAGAGUGAAGGCCUUGAUGUUUUGUUUACAAUAAGUUGGAAUCUGGAAUGAGUCAAACUUGCAUUUAUACAGCUAUCUGAAGUCAACUCCCAUUAAACUUAUUUGGAUUCUUA